CGGGCGUCGCGCAGAAGGCGGGGAGCAGACCAGCGACGAUGCUGAGCCGACUCCAGGAGCUACGCAAGGAGGAGGAGACGCUGCUGCGGCUGAAGGCGGCCCUGCACGACCAGCUGAACCGCCUCAAGGUUGAAGAACUGGCUUUGCAGUCAAUGAUCAGUGCUAGAAAAGGGGAUGAGAUGCCGUCUUCUCAGCCUGCGCGGGAACAGUCACACGAUAUGCUGGUGCACGUGGACAAUGAAGCUUCGAUCAACCAAACUGCACUGACGCUGAGCACAAGGAGUCACGCAAUGGAAGAGGAGGAGGAGGAGGAGGAGGAAUCUGAUUCCUAACGAGACGAGCUGUGGUUACCUUUACAAAUUAAAUUUCAAGGAAAUCAUCUUACCAUUGGCCCUAUGGGCUACUUGAAAGAGAAACAAAAUCUAUAGGAGGAUGUGUAAUGAUAAAAUGGCUCCAUCAAUAACUUAAGCUUCAGAAUGUUUGAACAAAAAUUAAUGACAUAAGCCAGGCAUGGUGGCACACGCCUUUAAUCCCAGCACCCGGGAGGCAGAGGUAGGAGGAUCACCGUGAAUUCGAGGCCAGCCUGGGCUAGGGUGAGACCCUACCAUGAAACACCAAAAACAAACAAAAAAAAAUUAAGGACAUAGAAAAUCAAAGAUGCGGUAUCUUACCAUUGAGCAGUUUAGGUGGAAUCUGACAUCUGAUCACAUUCAGUAAUUGUGUUCAAAACAAAACUUACUCUGAAAUGUCCUUGAAAAAUAUCUAGCAUGUGUGAAAGGGCAGAGCUUAAUACAAGCCAGCCCCCCCAGUCCGUGGUGCCCCUUUUAAGGAAACCAGUUCCUGGCUGUUUGCAUGCUACUGAUCAUGCAACACAGCACAGUUAGGGGAGAAUUUAGGAGAGGAGUGACAAGGAAGACAGCCACUUUGGAGCAUAAGCUGUGUGGAAACAUGCUGUCUGCCAGACGGCUGUGUGUGGCUGGCUGUUACCACAUCUCGUUUGAAAGAUCCCUGGUAAAAUGUGUUUGAAGUAAGUUGCAGAUGAGGAGCCAUCAUGGAGUUUGCAGGUCUCCAGAUGCAAGAGUGACAGGAGCAGGUCCUCCUCCCAGGGCGCCUCACAGGAGAGGAAGUGUCCGGAAGAGGGAUCCCCACACGGAGCUGGGGCUGUAUCACUGACGGCUACGGAGAACUGUUUGUGCCUGAAGCUGAGGUUCAUCUCGGCAUGUGGUGCUUUCCCCACAGCCAGUUAAAUCACCACUUAAUUUGGAAGACCCAUUGGCCCUGUGCAAGCAACAGAGGAGGCCAACACAAGAAGCUGCACAAUCUCCAGCACAGCUUAUGUGACUGACGGACGACAGGCGUGUUUGUGGUGGGUGUUAGUCAACAUUCCAUUAAGGGAAUGGAGAGAUGGCCUAAUGGUUAAGGUGCUUGCCUACAAAGACCCAGGUUCAAUUCCCCAGUACCCACGUCAAGUCAGAUGCACAAGGUAGCACAUGCAUCUGGAGUUUGUUUACAGUGGCUAGAGGACGUGGUGUGCCCAUUCUCUGUCUCUUUCUCAGUAAAUAAGGAAAAUACUGUUUAAAACAUUUCAUUAAAAUUACAGCAAAAUAUGUUUACA